CGCGCCAGCCGAGCCGGCUGCUCAAACUUUACAUAUUUAACGAAAGCCAAAACACAAAAUAAAUGACAACUGAUUGAAGUUUUUCACAAAAUUAAGUGUUUACAAAUUGUAAAUUACAAUAAUUACAUCCAAAAAUGAUGCCACUUUUAAGACCCAUAAUUUUCCGACCUAGUCCUAUUAUCCUGUCAAAAUCGACACGGAUUUUUAAUUGUGAAUCGUUAAGUUUAAAGUAUUGCUGUUGUAAUUUUUCUAGUCAAAAAGCUGAGAUCCCACAGACAAGUAGGGUCCCUAAUAAUCAAGGUUCUAGCUAUGACACUACUGUGGCUACCCUUCGGAAGAAGAACUAUAUGCGACCUGCUAAAAGUGUGAGGGAAAUUUUGACCAAAUGUCAGGAAGGAGAUAAAGUUCGUGUUCAGGGCUGGGUGAAAGGGCUGAGAAAGCAGAAAAAGUUUGUCUUCCUCGACAUUUGCGAUGGCUUAUCGUUUCACAACCUCCCCGUCGUCGUUAAAGCAGAGGAUACACCGAGUGAAUUAAAUAUGCACACGUCCAUCGAUGUCUACGGCAUUUUGGCAAAGUCUCCCAACAAUCCAGCCCUUCUAGAGUUGCACCCAACAUCGGAGAUAAAAGUUUUUGGAGGCUGUGACCAACUGGAGUAUCCAUUCGCUGGGAAGUCCAAGUAUACGCAGGAGCAUAUUCGACAGUUUUUGAACUUGCGGCCUAAAACCAAAAAGUUCGGAUCAGUGUUAAGAAUUCGCAACGCUACCACGCAAGCAAUUUACGAUUUCUUCAAGAAGAACGACUUUGUCAACAUUCAUACUCCAAUUGUUACAUCAAACGAUUGUGAAGGGGGCGGAGAAACGUUUACAAUUCGACCUCAUUCUGAAGAGCUGCUUAAAGAAAUGAUGAGUGAAAAUAAAUUGGAGGGUCAGAUCCAAAAUCUUAAUCUUCCUCGGGAUGAAAUUUUCUUUAACAAACAAGUUUACCUCUCCGUUUCUGGCCAAUUCCAUUUAGAGUCUGCUGUGGGUGGUCUAGGAAAGGUUUGGACAUUUUCGCCCGCUUUUCGUGCUGAAAACAAUAAAUCUACUCGCCACUUGUCUGAAUUUUACAUGCUCGAGGCCGAAAUAGCUUUUGCAUACGAAAUUGAAGACAUUUUAGAAAUUAUGGAGGAUCUCGUAAAGUUUUGUAUAACACAAGUUCUGUUUGAAAAUGGACACGAUUGGAGCAUUGCAACAGAGAAUGAUACUUUAUUACGGGGGUUACUCGAAAAUAUUCUAAAACAUCCCUUCACAGUGAUGACAUUUGAGGAGGCCAAACAUAUUUUAGAAUCCAAGGCGAAUUCCGCGGUGUCAACUGAUAAAGGACUUAGCCGUGAACAGGAACUCCUCCUCGUUGAACAACUUAAUAACAAUGUGCCAGUUUUCGUCAUUAAUUGGCCUUCUCACAUUAAACCGUUCUAUAUGCGACAGUGUGUCAACGAUAUUUCAAAAGUCUCAGCUGUCGACCUGCUGGUCCCCACCAUUGGAGAGUUGUGCGGCGGCAGUCUGAGGGAAGCGAAUCCUCUCCUAUUAGAACGGGCUCUUGCGCGUCAAGACCCCUCUGGAGCGUUGACACGGUCACUAGCUUGGUAUUUAGAGUUAAGAAAGUAUGGUGGCGUUCCUAGUGGAGGAUUUGGUUUAGGGUUUGAUAGACUAAUUCAAUUAAUGACGGGCGUUAAGACGAUAAAAGACGUGUCCCCAUUUCCAAGGUGGGCGCAUCAUUGUGCGAUGUAAUAGUUCAUUAAAUUCAGACAUUAAUACGAUUUUUUUUACAAUUAA